AUGUCAAAACGCAAAGUUGUUCAUAGCGAGGGACGAGCAAUUAUCGCUAAAGUCUUUCACUUUCUUCAAGAAGAGUAUAAUUUUAUGAAAGUGAAUAACAGUGACAAAUGUGAUUUAAGUCCUUUGGCUAAUGUACUUAAACGUACUGCGGAAGCAACUGGCGUCUCUGAGCGCACUGUAACUAGAAUAUUGAAAGAAGAAAAGGAGUUGCCGUCACCUUCCUCCAAGUUCACUUCACCCAUGAAAAAACGACGUAAGAGAGACAGCAAAUUCAUGUUGGACAAUAUGCAUAGAGAAGUAAUUCGAACUACUAUACAAAAUUUUCACAUUUCACACAAACAAGUACCAACUUUAGCAAAACUUCAGUCAGUUUUGAGAGAAAAAAUUGGUUUUGACGGAUGUUUGAGCACUUUACGCUCUUUGCUCAUAGAAAUGGGCUACAAAUGGAAAAAAAUUGAUAACAACCGCAAAUCAUUACAAGAAAGGCACGAAAUACAAUUAUGGCGUUUUAAUUUUUUGAAAAAAAUUAAUCAAUAUCGUUCAGAAGGCCGUCAUAUCGUAUAUACCGAUGAAACGUAUGUGCUUACUUCUCAUGUACGACAAAACACCUGGUGUCUAAAAAGCAAAGAUCCAACAAAAAAAGACACGUCUUUUUCAAAGAAGUUGAGUACGGGCAGCCGUUUCAUUAUAGUACAUGCAGGCAACAGUAGUGGUUUUAUUAAAGAUGCUUCUUUAGUAUACAAAGCGGCAUCCACAACUGGAGAUUAUCACUCCAACAUGAAUUUUGACAAUUAUGUCAAGUGGCUUAAUGAAAAGCUUCUGCCAAAUAUUCCAGAAAAGUCAGUUAUUGUGAUGGAUAACGCAUCUUAUCACAACACCCGAAGCAGUAAAAUACCUACAUCAAAUUCUUGUAAGAGUGACAUGAAAAAGUGGCUGAUGGAAAACAAUAUUCCGUUUGAUGAACGGUCGCGCAAUAUAGAACUGUAUGAUUUAAUUAAAAAAAAUAAAGAGCGUUUUGUAACGUAUAAAAUUGACGAGAUAAUAAAAAGCAAGGGUUGCGAAAUAUUGCGAUUGCCUCCCUAUCAUCCCGAGUUAAACGCGAUAGAAACCCAAGUAACAAAAAGUGGUCUUGUAGUGGUUCCGGAGCCAGGUCUAUAA